UCAGCAACGCCAGUCUUUUGGUGGGGGGGCGGGAAUCCGAAAGGGAAAAAAGAAAGAAAGAAAGAAAAGAAAGAAAAGAAAAGAAAAGAAAGAGAAAAAGAAAGAAAGAAAGAAAGCACUGCGUUACCUUUUUCUAUCAGCUUCACAUACGGCAGAUUCGGAAACUUCUGUGGAGUUAUUGGCAUCUUUUAUUAUCAAAAAAAUAAUAAUUCAAAUCAGUUAAAACAUCGGCAGCGUCCCCCUUUCGAUUUGCGCUCUUUUUGUUCAUUUCCCCUUUUCCUCAAAUCAGCGUUGCUUUUAUUUUGUUUUGUUUUGUUUUUUGUUUUCCCAGAACGCUUCCUGGGAAAUGGGAAAAGUUACUAGCUGGUACCCUGGGUGGCAUUUCGCUUUGCUCGCCGCUCGGACCUGGCUUUUGAUUCUUACUUUUGGCUUUAUCGGAGCAGACAUCACUUGCCGAUCGUGCCGCUGGCAGGUGCAGCUACAGCCGCAGCCACCAGCCCGAGGAUUAUUAAUGAACUUGAGGACGGCACGAGGAGCCGACGGGGCCGGAGAGAUACCUGUGGACAAAAGAGGUGAGAAGCCCGCGGAUCGCAGGCAAGAGAGGGCGGAUGCCGGCAGUCCGAUGUCAGCUGCUUCUGCCGGGGAGAAACGUGUCGGGAUGGGAUCAAAGGGUUGGAUGGGACUGAGCAAAGUGACCGGCGACCCGAUCCGACCCAGACGAUCUCCUCCGGAUGUUGACAGGCCCACCCUCAAAAAGUUAGCCUCGGCUCCCGCUCUGUUUCCAGCGGGGAGCGGAGGGCGUCGGGGGGCUAGUUCGGAGGCCGGCCGGAGGUCCGGAUCGGCGCUUCUGAGCCGGCGGAGAAAAAAUAACCAGAACGAUCGGAGGAAGCGGUCGAGUCGGAAACCCAGAGGAGCUCCGGCUGAAAGAGACGCGCCGCUGGAGAGCAGGGCGCGGGCAGCGCCGGAGCAGCUGCUGGCAAAAGCUACGCGCUUCCGACAGGAAGAACUCAAAUUGACAAGCACGACCUUUGCUCUCACUGGAGAUUCGGCGCAUAACCAAGCCAUGGUGCACUGGUCGGGCCACAACAGCAGUGUGAUUUUAAUUCUGACAAAGUUGUAUGACUACAACCUGGGGAGUAUCACAGAGAGCUCACUGUGGAGGUCAACUGAUUAUGGGACAACAUAUGAAAAGAUAAAUGACAAAGUGGGCCUGAAGACCAUUUUGAGCUACCUUUAUGUCUGCCCAACAAAUAAGCGCAAGAUUAUGUUGCUUACGGAUCCUGAGAUUGAGAGCAGCUUGCUGAUCAGUUCUGAUGAAGGAGCCACCUAUCAAAAAUACAGGUUGAACUUCUACAUCCAUAGCAUGCUCUUUCACCCUAAGCAGGAGGACUGGAUUUUGGCGUACAGUCAGGAUCAGAAGUUGUACAGUUCAGUUGAAUUUGGAAGAAGAUGGCUACUUCUACAAGAAUCCAUAACCCCAAAUAGAUUCUACUGGUCUAAAAUGGGUACCAGCAAAGAUCCAGACAUAGUCCACAUGGAGGCAAAAACACUGGAUGGCCAUGCACAGUACAUCACCUGUAGGAUGCAGAACUGCUCUGAAGCUGUAAGAAGCAAGCCUUUUCCUGGAUACAUUGAUUCCGAUUCUCUCAUUGUCCAAGAUGAUUAUGUAUUUGUUCAGCUGACAUCUGGAGGUCGGCCGCAUUACUACGUGUCUUAUCGCAGAAAUACUUUUGCGCAGAUGAAACUUCCUAAAUAUGCUUUGCCAAAGGACAUGCAUGUUAUCAGCACUGAUGAGAAUCAAGUGUUUGCUGCAGUUCAGGAAUGGAACCAGAAUGAUACAUACAACCUUUACAUCUCUGAUACCCAGGGGAUUUACUUUACCCUGGCUUUAGAAAAUGUCAAAAGUAGUCGAGACCUAGAAGGCAAUGUGAUGAUAGACCUGUAUGAGGUAGCAGGGAUAAAGGGAAUGUUCUUGGCUAACAAGAAGAUUGACAACCAAGUAAAAACUUUCAUCACCUACAACAAAGGCAGAGACUGGCAUUUGCUGCAGGCCCCGGACACAGAUCUGAGAGGGAAUCCAGUUCAUUGCCUCCUACCAUAUUGCUCCCUUCAUCUCCACCUGAAGGUUUCAGAGAAUCCUUACACUUCUGGUAAUAUUGCUAGUCGCGAUACAGCUCCAGGAAUCAUUGUGGCCUCUGGUAACAUUGGAUCAGAGUUGUCAGAAAAUGAUAUCAGCAUGUUUGUUUCGUCUGAUGCUGGAAACACUUGGAGACAAAUCUUUGAAGAUGAACACAGCGUCCUUUAUCUGGACCAAGGUGGGGUUUUGGUUGCUAUGAAACAUACAUCUCUGCCUAUCAGACAUCUCUGGUUAAGUUUUGAUGAGGGAAGAUCUUGGAGCAAGUACAGUUUCACCUCCAUCCCGCUGUUUGUUGAUGGAGUUUUGGGAGAGCCUGGAGAAGAGACUUUAAUAAUGACCGUUUUUGGACACUUCAGCCAUCGUUCUGAGUGGCAGUUGGUAAAAGUAGAUUACAAGUCCAUUUUUGAUAGACGGUGUGCAGAAGAUGAUUAUCGACCUUGGCAGCUUCACAGCCAGGGAGAAGCAUGCAUCAUGGGAGCCAAAAGGACUUACAAGAAGCGUAAGUCAGAAAAGAAAUGCAUGCAAGGCAAGUACGCCGGAGCCAUGUCCUCUGAGCCAUGUGUCUGCACAGAAGCAGACUUUGACUGUGAUUAUGGAUUUGAGCGGCACAGCAAUGACCAGUGUUUGCCAGCUUUUUGGUAUAACCCAUCGUCUUUGUCGAAAGAGUGCAGUCUUGGUCAAAGUUAUCUUAAUAGCACUGGGUACAGAAAGGUCGUGUCUAAUAACUGCACAGACGGUGUGCGUGAGCAGUACACAGCCAAGCCGCAGCAGUGUCCUGGCAAAGCCCCGCGAGGACUUCGGGUUGUCACAUCAGAUGGCACACUGACAUCAGAACAAGGGCAUAAUGUUACCUUCAUGGUACAGCUGGAAGAGCUUAUUUCUUCCUCAUUUCUAGGUCCUUUAGAGCAUGUCCAUUUGUCACUUCCAUUUGUAACAACAAAGAACAAAGAAGUUAAUGCCACAGCAAUAUUAUGGCCUAAUCAAGUUGGAACUUUAACAUAUAUUUGGUGGUUUGGAAACAACACUGAGCCAUUAAUUACUCUAGAAGGGAGUAUCACAUUUACCUUCUCUACAGAAGGCAUGAACAUAAUCACAGUACAAGUUUCAGCAGGAAACACAAUUCUGCAAGACACCAAGAUGAUUGCAGUAUAUGAGCAUUUUCAGUCUUUAAGGCUUUCGUUUUCUCCAAAUCUGGAUGACUACAAUCCAGAUAUUCCUGAAUGGAGACGGGACAUUGGUCAUGUCAUGAAGACAGUUCUAAUAGAGGCAACAACCAUUUCUAGUGAACAUAUUUUGGUAGCAAUCCUGCCAGGGUUACCUACCUCAGCUGAACUCUUUAUUUUGCCCUAUAAGAAUACCAAUGGAGAAAGUAAAGAAACAGCUGAAGAUCUGCAACAGAUUUCAGAAAUAUUGGUCCAGAAAUUAAACCAAAAUGCCAUUCAGUUCGAUUUAAAACCUGGAGUUAGAAUCCUUGUUCAUGCAGCUCAUUUAACAGCAGCUCCACUCAUAGAUGUCACACCUAGCCAUAGUGGUUCAGCCAUGCUAAUGUUACUGUCUGUAGUAUUUGUGGGAUUGGCAGUAUUUGUAAUCUACAAAUUCAAAAGGAAGAUUCCGGGCAUUAAUGUUUAUGCACAGAUGCAGAAUGAGAAAGAUCAAGAGAUGGUCAGUCCAGGCAGUCAAAGUGAAAGCAUUCCUAAUGUCCCUCAGAGGGAGCUGAUGAACCCACAGCAACUAGUAGAUGAGAAGUUGGAUACCAGCCCUACAGGAAGUAUUUCCACAGUUGCUGAGACUCAAAGCACAAAAGAAAUUCCUACCUGUAUUAAUGUUUGA